GUCAUUUUGGUUUUUGUUCAAUAAUGUCUUACCUACCUAUAUUCUUUGCAUAGGAUGUAUCAUUACCUAUGCAUUUCGCUGAAGGUGGGAGUAACAAAUUGGGCGCAUCGGCAGCUUUGGCCAGCUUUCAGAAAUGGAUUGCUUUAUCUAAACGCUUGAAGAAGUUUGAUCAUGUCAUGCUAUUAACAAAGACUUGCGUACAAGAACAGCAUGUGUUAUGACAGCAGUGUAUCGAUUGUUGAAGACCGGGAAGUGUCCCACGUCGCUACGAUUGCAGCACAUGAAAUUGCUCAUAGAUUAUUUCGAGGGAUGCCCCUUUGGAGACCAGCCUGGAAUUAUAUCAAACGAACAAACCACUUGCAAAGGUUCAGUUCUUGCCAAACCUUUCCUUUGUUACGAUGAACAGACGGCUUUAAUGUGUUGCAAAUCCUGCAGCCUACAUUACAGAUCAAAACCAGGAUGUGAAUACGGCGACAAAGAAGGAAAGUGCUCCUCGAUAAACUUACUUCACUGUCUGUUUGAUGAAAGUACGUGCUGUGAAACAUACGCACAACUAGACAAAACACUUUCAGCACUACGACUUCCGGUGUUUAUUACGUGUGUACUACUUGUACUCCUCACUAUCGCCGUUAUCACACAUUGUAUCCGGCGAAAAUCUCAGAAUAAAGGACAUCGUCAGACAAAUGAAAAUUGUGUAGACACAUUGCCGACAAACGACGUCUCAAAUACCUGUUGUUUGGCAUCGGCUGCUGAUUCAAAGAGCGAAAAUAUUGUUUCGAAUAGAAAAAGAACACCUGUUGGCCAAAGUAGUUUUGAAAUGAAACCUUCAACAAGGGAGACAAUCGGGUAUGAUAUUCAAGCUGAUGAAAACGAAGCACCUGAUCCCACAAACGACUUCACAGAACGUGGAAAUGCACAACAAAUCAUGAUUGAUAGAUUUUUAUCAAACUGGAAUAAAUAUAUUGAUAAUAAUGGUAAACAGCUUACAGAGAGUAGAUACAUUCCUUCUUCAGAGGCUGACCUUUCUGUUGUGCAACCAACGGGUACACGAAACUCUCGCAUUUGGUCAAUCGAUAUGUUAUAAAAGAACGAUGCCACUAUUUCUAGGAAUAUUCAUUUAAUAUGAGCCGUGCC